CCUUACCCCUUGCCCCACAAAAUUGAAAACCUUUUGUUAAGUUAUGUAUCCAGGAAAUGAAUGUCAUUUAGAAAAAAAGACCAAAAGUAGAUUUUCUAUCAAGUUUUACAAACCUAAAAAACUUUUGACAUCAUAUUGCCUUGAUCAAUAGAGAUGUUCUUCCGACUGUAAUAAAAAAAAACCCACGAAAAUGGCUUAAUUGACAUCAAGUCAUCAAUUUACUUCAAUGUCAACUAUACAUAUGCAAAUUCGAGGAGUUAGAGGGACAAACCCAUUGUCAGAGAUGAUUAGGUCUUUAGGAAGCAUAGAAAGACAGGAGGCCAUGUGUUCAAAAAUUGAAUUUCUCCAUUUUCAUCUCGACAAUAAAACAAUAUCGGAAUCAAUACAUGAAGGAGAGAGAUGAAUCAGAAAAGAUUGGUCGGGAUGAUGAGAUUGGAAAAACUUACCAGGUAAAUGUCGAUAACGACUGAGGUCGAACCGAUUUAUUGCGAUGUUGUUUGUUAGGCACCUUAGUUUUUUCUGAUAACAGAAGGACGCUUAUCGAGCGUAGUUACGUUCGAUCUGAUGACAGUGGAUGCGAUUUUGAAAAUGUCUUCGGUAAUGCUGACGUCUCUUAUCCCGGCUUCGUCUUCUUCCUGAAAGAUGCAGUUGUACGAAAGGUCAGAACUUGAUAUGUUGGUGUGUACGGCACUGAGGAGUUUGUAUUUGCGUUUGUGAUGACCGGAGGAACGGUUUGAGAGGAGGAUCGGCGUAACAUGAUUUAGGGUUUGUCGAUAAAGACGAUUAAUUUAGGGUUUUUGUGAGUUAUGGCAAGUCUAGGUGCAUUUGCCGUUAAAAAAAAAUAUAUAGAUAAAGAUAAAGAUAAAGAUAAAGAUGGGGUGUUUUGCAUUAAUCUCUGGAACUAAGGGACGAAAUUUGUAAGGUUGUACAUAUAAAAGAAGGAGAGGGCUUCGGGCUUCCUCAAACUCGAUCACACUCAAAUUUUAACCGCCAUACCAAUUUCCGGCAAAACUCCGCCAAGUCCUGUCGCGAACUGGGCGCCCAUCAUUCGUUGCUGCACAACACAUCAACAAUCUCAAAUCCUCUGUUAAAAGUAGGUCGUGUUCAGGGUUUCAAAGAAGCUAACUAUGAGUGAACACAAUGAAAUUGAGGAUAUAGGUGAUGUGGUCUAUGAUUUCAGCAAUCUUCCUGAUUGUAUUCUUCAUCAUAUUCUGUCGUUUAUGAAUACAAAAGAAGCCGUAAAGACGUCUAUAUUAUCUACAAGAUGGAAGAACCUCUGGACUUUUUCUCCCAACAUUGAUUUUGAUGAUAAAUUGUGUGCUACUCCUAGAUGGAGGAACACUGACCUGACUUCCUUUGUGAACUUUGUAGAAAACGUCAUCCAGAACGUACUAAAGAUAAAGAAGUUCCGUCUGUCAUUUCGUGUUUUCAAUAACACAUCUCAAAUACAUUCAUGGAUUUCUCAUGCAAUCAUGCACAAUGUUCAAGAGCUUGAUCUAUCUUUCUAUGCAAUUUAUCCAUAUGUGAUUCCUCACGCUAUGUUUUAUAGCACAUCAUUGGUCACCUUGAAAAUAAAAAUGAUGUCUAUUAAUAUUGAACACGCAUCUCAUGUUUCUUUUCCAUGUUUGAAAACCUUACACCUAUCCGUUGAGUUCCCAAAUGAUGAUUUUACUGAAAAGCUUUUCUCUGGGUGUCCGGUUCUUGAAGAAUUGGUCUUAUUUCAAUGCUGCUUUAUGAAUUUGAAGAACGUUACAAUUUCCAGUUCCACUUUAAAGAGAUUGAAAAUACAUGACCAAGUGGUACGUUUAUGUGGAUUCAAUGAUCCUAGAGAGAGAGGUUGUGACAUCAAGAUUGAUGCUACAAAUCUUACAGAUUUUGAAUAUACCGGAUUUCUAUCUAACAAUAUUAUCUUGAAUAACACACCAUCUUUGGUCAAAUCGUUCAUUAACAUUCCAAAUCCUAGAGGGAGGCUAAACAUAGUUGCAUGUCGAGCUAUUUAUCUUUUCAAACAACUACAAUGUGUCAUGUCUUUGAAGUUAUGUGAUGAAACUAUAGAGACUCUUUUAUUUGGAGGUAAUAUCAGUUUUCUGGUGUUCCGAAAUUUGAACAAUUUAGAGCUGACUACAGAGAUUGGGAUAAAGCAUAUGGUUUUGCUUUCCUUCUGUCGAGUUCUACAAUCUAUUUGUUUCUUAGAGGGAUUCAUGCACAACAAGCACCUUGGGGUGAACAAUUCAAUUUGGUCUUCGAUACCUACAUGCAUCUCGAAUUGCCUCAAGACAGUGACCUUGAAGAAGUUUCAUGGUUAUAAUUCAGAAAUAUGUUUCCUAAAAUGUGUUUUGCAGAAUGCGUGUGUUUUGGAGAGGGUUAAUAUUGUGUGGUCUGAGUCUUGUCUACAGGAUUUGAAUAGGAAAACAAAGGUCAAAAAGGAUUUGGGAAUGAUUAAAAAGAGCUCUGCAGCCUGUGUCAUCAACUUCUCAUGAAAUCUCAAAAAACACUAGUUACCUCUGUUCCCUUUUUAGUAUUUCAGGAUUUUUGAUGCUAAUUUUUGGUAUAGUGAAUCUGCGGUUGAUAACUUGAUAUUAUGUCUAGAUUAAGAUUUGAUCUUGUUCUAGCUUAUAACUUCAUUGCAUUUGAGUUGGAAGUGCACAUUUUAUUUGAUGAUAUAUGAUGAAGUUCUCAAAAUAUAUUUAUGUAAAUGACACGACCUUUAUUGUAAGUAUAUACAGUAGUGAAAAUAAUGAGCGA